AUGAUUGCUGACCCAACAUAUUACAAACGCGACCCAAUUGACAUACUUUUAGGUGCCGAAGAAUAUAGCAAAAUAUUAUUACAAGGGUUUGAAAAAUUAGAAAACGGCAUUAUCGCCCAAAAUACAGAAUUAGGGUGGAUAUUGUCUGGAUUUCGCUCUACAGAAUAUUUGAAUGGAAUGAAAAUUAUAAGUCUCAUGACACGCACCGAAGAAACACAACAACUUACAAAAUUUUGGGAACUUGAAGAAGUGACAAGCGAAUACCAAUUAAAAGAAGAAGACCAAAUUUGUGAAAAAUAUUAUACAGACACGACCCAAAGAAAUUCCGACGGAACUUAUACAGUCAGACUACCAUUGAAAGACCCUUCGAUAGAGUACGGCAAUACGCGUCAAAAAGCCGUCGCCAGACUCAUACAAUUAGAAAAGAAACUAGACAAAAACCAUGACCUACGACAAAAAUACAACGAAUUUAUGAAUGAAUACUUAGAAAUGGGUCAUAUGACAAAAGUAGUAAAAUCAAGUUACUAUGAAGGAAAAUAUUACAUUCCGCAUCAACCGGUAAUACGAGAAGACGCGAUAACAACAAAACUUCGUUGUGUAUUCGAUGCAAGUAGUAAGUCGAGCACAAAUAUAAGCCUUAACGACAAUAUGCAUAAGGGUCCUCGUUUACAGCAGGAUUUAGAGACAAUAUUAUUACGGUGGCGAAAACAUAAGUUUGCAUUUAUGGCGGACAUUGAAAAAAUGUGCCGUUUCAUAAAAAUACACAAAGAUGACCUCUCCUACCAGAGAAUAUUAUGGAGAUGGACCCCAAGACAACCCAUAGAAGAAUACGAAUUGACAACAGUUACAUAUGGAACUACUGCCGCCCCGUAUCUAGCCACAAAAACUCUACAACAACUGGCAAAAGAUGAACGACAAAACUACCCCGACGCCAGUAGAGCGACACUACAAGACUUCUAUGUUGAUGACAUCCUAUCAGGAAACAAUGACCUCGAGAAAACAAAAUUGUUACAAAAACAACUACUAGAGAUGCUGCGUGCCGGAGGAUUUAAUUUGAGAAAAUGGUCGUCAAAUAGCACCGAAUUGUUAGAAGACAUUCCUGACGAAUACACAGACGAUAAAAUGAUCAAACUACCCUUAGAUGAAACCAGAAAGUCACUAGGAGUAAUUUGGUCACCAUAUGAAGAUAAUUUUCAAUUUAAAAUAAACGUAACGAUCAAAGAGAACCCAACAAAAAGAUUUAUUUUAUCUGAAAUAGCAAAAUUGUUUGACCCCCAUGGCUGGCUCCAACCUGUCAUUAUUACAUUGAAAUUGUUGAUACAAGAGCUCGGGAUCAGUGGGAUAGGCUGGAAUGUCACAGUACCAGAAGAAAUAAACAAAAAAUGGCUUGAGAUUCAAAAUCAAUUAAAAUGCAUUGAAAACAUUAAAAUACCAAGGUGGAUUUAUUAUACCGAAACAGAGGUCGAAUUACACGGGUUCAGUGACGCAUCAGAAAAAGCAUACGGUGCAGUCGUGUACUGCCGUAUAAAGGUGAAUGGUUCUUAUCACGUGACUUUAUUGCAAGCUAAAACAAAAGUAGCUCCUGAGAAGCAUAAAACGACCUUGCCUCGGCUCGAAUUAUGUGCAGCUGUUUUAUUAACGAACUUAAUUAGGAAAGUAAAAACAGCGAUCGAUUGCGAACAAACAACAAUCAAUUGUUGGACAGACUCCAUGAUCACACUCGGAUGGAUAAGAGGCGAAGCAGACAAAUGGCAAACAUUUGUUGCAAAUAGAGUAUCCGAGAUACAACGAACGCUACCACAGGCUACUUGGAAUCACGUUGCGUCUGCAGAUAACCCAGCAGACAUCAUAUCGAGAGGUAUAGAGCCCAAUAAGUUACAAACAUCACAAAGACUACGAGCUAUGGUAGCAGCCAGACGGUUGGUGACACAAAAUAGCAGCAGCGGCCAGCCUGCCGACGACAGCACCGAGCAGCAACCCUCCAGCAGGCCUGCAACUCCAAUUCAGCCAAAGACACAGCUACAUAUCUACGCAGGGCCAGCUGUGAGGAAGAAGUCAACUGCACCUCAACUUUACGAACUGAAAGCCUUUUCGUGA